AUGUCUGGUCCAGAACGUCGUCUUGAAACAAUUCUUAGAAAUAAAAUAUAUAAUUGUGAAUAUUGGAAACAACAAUGCUUUACAUUAACUAGUGAAACUAUUCUUGAUGAAAUUGUUAAAUUACAUGACUUUGGUGGAACAUAUGGUGUAUUAAAAAAACCAACAAAGUUUAUAGUUUUAAUAAUGAAAUUAUUAAUGCUUAGACCUGACAAAAGUAUUAUUUAUGAAUAUAUUAUGAAUGAAGAAUUUAAAUAUGUUCGUGUUAUUGGUGCAUUUUAUUUAAGGCUUAUUGGUUCUUCAAAAGAAUGUUAUCAAUUUAUUGAACCAUUGUAUUAUGAUUAUAGACCUUUAAAAUAUAGAAUCGACAGUAAACAUUAUGAAAUUAUUACAAUCGAUCAAUUUGCUUGGAAUCUUCUCCAUUUGGACUAUUAUUGUGAUAUUACUCUUCCAAUUAUUACACCACGUCCUGUAAUAGAAUCUCAUGGAAUUUUAACUCCAAGACUUAGUUUAAUAAAACAACAUUAUUCAAAAGAAGAGUUCAAUGAGUUAAUGAAGACUGUUGAUGUACAAUAA